AUGACCACCGACCCUCCCCACGUCGACAUCCUCCUCCUCGGCUCUGGCUGGACCAGCACCUUUAUGACCCCCCUCCUCACCCAGCUCUCCCUCACGCACGCCCUCACCUCACGCAGCGGCAGCCCCUCCACCAUCCCCUUCACCUUCGACCCCACCUCCACCGACCCCACGCCCUUCACGCACCUCCCCCCCGCCACCACCGUCCUCAUCAUCUUCCCCCUCCGCGGCGCCGAGGCCACAAAGGCCCUCGUCUCCCUCUACACCCAGACGCACCCCAACACCCCCGCAAACUUCAUCCAGCUCGGCUCCACGGGCAUCUGGACGGCCCCUGGGCGCACAACCCGCCACAGCCCCUACGACACCACCAAUGCGCGUGCGGUCGCCGAAGACGCCCUGCUGGCGCUCGGCGGCGCGGUGCUGAACCUUGCGGGGCUGUGGGGCGGCGAGCGCGACCCCCGGAACUGGGUGGGCCGGGUUGCGGCGACGAAGGAGGCGCUGAGGGGGAAGGAGGGUCUGCAUGUGGUCCAUGGGGCGGAUAUGGCGUGGGCGGUGGUGAGCUUGAUGAGGAGGUUUACGCCCGGUGAGCGGUGGAUCGUGAGUGAUAUGAGGGUGUAUGAUUGGUGGGAUCUGGCGAGUGCGUGGGGUGCUGGGGGCGCGGGCAGGGAGAAGAAGGGGGAGCAGAUGGAGUGGGUUUUGGAGAUGAUGGAGGAGGGGGGCGUGGGGGCGUUGCCGAGGGGUGGGGAGGGGUGGAGGAGGUUGGAGUGUGCGGACUUUUGGAGGAUGGCAGGGAGGGGGCCGUUAAUAAGGUUGGACUUUUCUGGGUAG